AUCAGGGUACUGAAGAUCAGUGUGCCCUGAUGAUCAGUGUAGCCCCAGCAGUGCCACCUGUCAAUGUCAAUCAGUGCCAGCUGUCAGUGUUCAUCAAUGCCACCUGCCAGUGCCCAUCAGUUCCACAUCAAUGCCACAAAUCAGUGCCUACCAGUGCACAUCAAUGUCACAUAUCAGUGCACAUCUGAGCUGCCUUUCAGUGUCACCUAUCAGUUCCCGUCAGUGCUGCCUAUCAGUGCUAGUCAGUGCCACCUAUCAGUGCUGUCUAUCAGUGCCAUCAGUGCCUCCUCAUCAGUGCUCAUCAGUGCAGCCUAUCAGUGCCCAUCACUGCAGCCUCAUUAGCGCACAUCAGUGAAGGAGAAAAAUCACUUAUUUACAAAAUUUUAUAACAAAAACACAUUUUCAGUUGUUUUCGGUUUGUUUAGAAAAAAAAAACCAGAGUUGAUUAA